AUGACGUCAGCAUCAUUGGAAGUUGCGCAAUUCAACAUUAAUCGCCCAGACGAAUGGCAACAAUGGCUGCGACGAUUUGAAAACAUGUGCCUCGCCAUGUCGGUUGACAACGCAGAGAGAAAGAAGGCGUUAUUAUUACAUUUUGCGGGACCUGAAGUUUUUGACCUGUAUGAGAAUUUGCCCGCACCGCCGAAUGCAGAUGAAAAUGAUAAUGUUUAUGCCAACACCGUUAAGAAAUUGGAUAAUUAUUUCGUGCCAAAGAUAAACAUUGAUUUUGAAUGUGAUGUUUUCAGGAAUGCAAAACAGAAAUUUGGCGAAAAUAUUGAUACUUAUGUGGCACGUUUGCGUAAAUUAGCUGUUACCUGUGAUUUUACGGAUGCUGAUCGUGAAAUAAAACAGCAAGUUAUUUCUGGUGGAUGUGAUUCUAGAGUUAGGGAAAAAGCUCUACAGCAGCGUUUGUCUCUUCGAGAACUUCUGGAUUAUGCAAAAAGUCUAGAACAAGCAAAGCAACAAACAAAACAAAUUGAACAACGUCACACGAGACCAGAGAAAUUAUAUGAAAUUGAUGUGCAGCGUGAAAAUAAUUCCGAUAGCAAAUCCAAGCCUAGAGCACCACAGCUUUCUUCGGCCAGAGGGGGUAAGUCUCUUAGAUGUUUUCGCUGCGAUAGUUCUAAGCACUUCGCCCGUGAAUGUCCAUUUAAAGAUGCCAAGUGUUUUUGUUGUGGUAAAAAGGGCCAUACCAAGAGUGUGUGUCGAUUCAAGAAAUCAAGUCAGUAUAGACACGGCCAGAGAAGUAAGCAAUGUAAUUCUCAAUGUUGUAUCGCUGGUGAUAAGAAUACGCCGGGCGAAAGUGAAACGAAUGAAAACUCUGGUUCAUCAUACGAAUUACAUCAUACAGUGUCGUCCGUGCAAAAUAACAAUGUGGGUGUGAAAUGCAAUCCAAUCUAUCUUGAUCUUGACAUCGAUGGCAAAAACAUUUCUUGGGAAGUAGAUACAGGGGCUACACUAUCUGUCAUGUCUUUAGUGCAAUAUAAAAAGUUGUGGCCAAAAGCAGAAUUGAACCACACCGAUGUUAAACUGUCUACAUACACGGGGGAGUCUAUUCCAGUAGAGGGAGAAAGGGAUGUUACUGUAACGUAUCAAAAUGGUAACCCAAUGGUAUUGCCAAUCACUGUGGUAAGAAAUAGUAACCGCUGUAAACCAUUGCUGGGGAGAAAUUGGUUGAAACAUAUCAAACUUGAUUGGAAUUCAAUUUUCAAAAUUAACUAUUCUGAUGUUAAAAUCAGUACACUGCUUGAUAAGUAUCCUGAAUUGUCUUCACCUGGAUUAGGUUGUGCAAAAACUGAAGCUAAAUUGGAGAUUGAUGACAGCGUUAAGCCUAAAUUUUAUAAACCACGACCUGUACCUCUUGCACUCAAAGAAUUGGUCGAAGCUGAACUUGAUAGACAAGUUGAAAUCGGUGUUUUGAAGCCAUGUAAAACAUCCGAUUGGGCUGCACCUAUGGUUACCGUAUUAAAAGCUGAUCAGAAGUCAGUUCGGCUCUGUGGAAGUUAUGACUUGACUGUAAAUAAAGCAAGUCGUCUUGAGCAGUAUCCAUUGCCAAAGGUGGAUGAAUUAUUGACUAAAUUUGCUGGUGGGGAAAAAUUCUCUGUUAUUGAUCUGAAAGAGGCAUAUCUGCAGAUACCAUUGGCAGAAGAGAGUCAAAAGUACACAGUAGUUAAUACACAUAAGGGAUUAUUCACGACAAAUCGUCUUGUUUAUGGAAUAUCAAGUGCCCCAGCUAUAUUCCAGAGAUAUCUUGAAACACUGCUGGGUGACAUAGCAGGUGUAGGUGUUUUCCAAGACGAUAUUGGAGUAACCGGUUCUUCUGAUAAAGAACACAUAGCCAGAUUGGAAGAAGUUUUCAAGCGUCUUACAAAUGAAGGUCUAAAAAUUAAUCCAAACAAAUGUAAAUGGAUGGUUUCAGAAAUUACUUAUCUUGGAUAUCGUAUAAAUAAACUUGGAGUUCAACCAACUGAAGAUAAUCUGAGAGCUGUUCUGGAUGCCCCAGAACCACAAAAUAUACAUCAGUUGCGCUCAUAUCUGGGGAUGCUUAAUUAUUAUGGUAAAUUCAUUAAAAAUUUAUCAACUGUUGCUGCUCCUUUGUAUGAACUUCUUCGUUCGAAUGUUCGAUGGCACUGGAAUAAAAGGCAAGUGGAAGCUUUUAAGAAAACGAAAUCGCUAUUGUGUAAUGCUCCAUGCCUUGCUCAUUUUGACGGAAAUGCCGCCGUCAUUGUUUCUGCAGAUGCCGCCAGUCCUUAUGGAAUCGGAGCAGUUUUAUCUGUAAUAACGCAGGAAGGAGAACGUCCUGUGGCUUUUGCAUCCAGAUCUUUGUCAAAACCAGAGCGUAAUUAUAGCCAAUUGGAUAGAGAGGGAUUAGCUCUAGUAUUCGCUGUUACAAAGUUCCAUUCAUUUUUAUAUGGAAGACCGUUUGUUUUGGAAACUGAUCACAAGCCACUUCUCGGUUUACUUGGGAAGAAUAAGCCACUUCCUGAUGCAGCUCCACCGAGAAUGAUCCGUUGGAAAGUAUUACUUGAUGGAUAUCAAUACGAAUUAGUGUAUGUUCCAGGUAAAAACCAAGCCAAUAGCGAUGCACUAAGUCGUUUGCCUUUGCCUGAUAAACCGGAUUAUAUACCGCCUUGUGGUGAUGUAGUGAAUCUUCUUGAAGCAGUCGAUUCUACCCUUGUUAAAGUUGAUGCAAUUCAGUCUUGGACGAGAAGAGAUCCUGUACUGUCCGCAGUUAUGCAUCAUACUCAAAUGGGCUGGCCAAAAUCCUCUGACAUAGACCCAGAAUUACAAAUUUAUAGAAGCAAAGAGACGGAACUAAGUGUCCAUGAAAAUUGUUUAUUUUGGGGUUGUCGAGUAAUUAUUCCGCCACAAGGAAGACAGAAAGUGUUGCAAUUACUUCACGAUGGUCAUCCUGGUAUUUGUUCUAUGAAAAGAAUUGCUCGUAAUCAUGUAUGGUGGCCUGGGGUUGAUGCUGAUAUUGAAGAGUUGGUGAAAUCUUGCAGUUUGUGUCAACAGUUACGUCCCAGUGCACCUCAAGUUCCUGCUAGCCCAUGGUCUUAUCCUAAUGGUCCAUGGCAAAGAAUACAUAUGGACUAUGCCGGUCCAGUUGAUGGGAAAAUGCUUCUUGUUAUUGUUGAUGCGUUUAGCAAAUGGCCAGAUGUGUGGAUUACAUCGUCAGUUUCUGCUCAUGAAACUAUUGAAAAAGUCAGACUUUCAUUUGCUACACAUGGAUUACCACUAGUUGUAGUCACUGACAACGCUGGUUGUUUUGCAGGAGACGAAUUUGCAACAUUUCUAAAGGCAAAUGGAGUGAAGCACUUGUUUUCACCACCGAGACAUCCGGCUUCUAAUGGCCAAGCUGAAUCAAUGGUAAAACAAGUUAAACUUGGAUUGAAGAAACAAGCACCAGCAUCUUUGUCAGUCAGACUUGUUCGGUGGUUAUUUAAAUACCGAAGUACACCACAUACAACGACUGGUCAGACUCCGUCGGAAUUACUUUUUCGUCGUAAGAUUAGAACGCAUCUUGAUCUAAUCGCACCUUCAUCACGUUUGAAGAAGUCAGCAGAGAAUGUUCCAAGUAGAAUAAUAAGAACUUUUCACAUUGAUGACCCAGUUUUUAUUACAGAAGUCGUUGGAUCUCGUUUCAAAUGGUUACCUGCCACAGUAACUGAAGUUAUGGGUCAAAUGUGUCGUGUUCGUUUGAACGAUGGAAGAAUUUUUAGACGUCAUCUUGAUCAUAUUCGACAUCGAUUUUCUGCUGAUGAUGUAAUGGUACGUGAAGGGAAUCAAGAUUUUAGAAUGAGUGAGAGAAUACCAGCUGCAAUUCCAACAGGAAUACCUGAUGUUGAUGUGGGAGAUAGAAAUUCAACUCCUACCUCUACUGCUACUGAAGAGACUGAUGAAUCUCAAAAUGACAGAGACAAUGUAGACCCAGUUCCUAAUUUUCCAGAAUCGUCCAGUAAUUCAAACAUACCUUAUAAAACAAGAUCUGGCAGAAUAUCAAAACCGCCAGAAAAACUAUCUCUAUAA